AUGAGUGGCAGUAAUCGCUCUCUUCAUCUGGAGGAGCUGUUCAUUAACGAUGCUGCCCAAGAAUCACCUGUCAUCGGUCCCUUGCGCAUCAGUAAACGGGACUCGUCCUCUCCAGCUUCGGCAUCGGGUUCAAGCCCCCCGCCGAAUGCCCCGCUGCCCUACCCCGAUGACCGUCAACGUCCUCAAAUGCGCACUUCGAGCUCAAAUGAUCGGUACCAUGAUGUGCGAUAUGGUUCGCCGCCAGCUGGCUCUGGCUCUGGUUCCGUGAGCCCAAAUGAGUACCCCCCAGCUUUGCGCCCGCGCGACGGUCGUGAGCCUCGCGUCGCAACACUGGCCGAGCGCAGAGGCGCCGCUCCUAAACCUUUACCCGAAUCGCCAGGUCAUGAUGCGCCAGACCGUGAAGCUCUGGCUGCGAGACCCUAUCCUCGCCCCCCGGCCGGGCCUGUACCUGCCCCACCAGCGGAGGCAACCACGAAUCAAUAUGACUACCGCCAACAAUACUACCCGCCUCCCCAACGACAAAGUUCUGUGUCUGCGGCCCGUCCCCCAUCCAGUCUUCAGCCCUCCCAGGGUCCACUCAACCGUAUCAGCUCAACCGCCUCCACAUCAACAACUCGCGCCCAGCGUGGCUCACCACCUCCCCCGGAGACACCAAUCGUCGGACCCGGCCAGCAGCCCGGUUCUGACAUUGAGGCGCGAUAUGCCGCGGCCGGUAUUGCCGGAACUGGAACCCUCCAGGGGAUGCAGUCGCACAAUGUUGCUGCCCAAAGACGAGCGGAGCAAUACUCAGGCCAGCAGCCGACGUUCCAGCAGCCCUCUCAGCCUUCUCAACCGCGCCCCUGGACUCCGACCGAACAACCUGGGUCUCAACCUCAUGGCCCUCCCACGGUUUACCAGGGUGCAGAUGUCGUGAGCGAGGAUAGCCAGGCUGCUGCUCACCCCGGCCAGUAUCAUAGCCCACCACCUCAAGUUCCAGGAGGAUUCAGUAGCCCACCUCCACAGGCUCAUCCAGGCCAGUACGGUUCACCACAGCCACAAGCUCAUCCAGGCCAAUACAACAGUCCGCCACCUCAAUCCCACCCCGGUCAAUACAGCAGCCCGCCACCACAGGCCCACCCAAGCCAAUAUGCUGAAUCUCCAUCCCAACAGCAUCCUAGUGCUCUGCCGCCACAGCAACAACAGCAGCCACAACAACCCGGAAGGGCGCCAUCGAACCCCCUGGAGCAGGAUAUGGAACGAAUGCGCCUCAGCUCCUCCCCACCUCCAGCUUACUCAAGUGUCUCUGGUCCUUCCACCUCGGGCAAUUAUCCCAUCGAGAAACCAGGCGCAGCUGCUGCCGCCGGAGCCGCCGCCGGAGCUGGAGCCGCGAUGAUGCAUCCAGCUCUGGCAAACCAGUCCCACUCUGCUGCGACGAGUGUAGCCUCCCCUGCACCUACAGUCUCGAACCAAAACCAUCCUGCUUUUGCGAAUGAUCCAAGAGGGCAACAGCAAGCGGGGCAAUCCCCACAGGCCUCGGUUGCCAGCGACUUGUCUGGAUUCCACCACCAAACAGUUCAGGUCACCUCGCCCGGUCCUUCUGCCGCAACUCCUGCAUCUCCGCCACCUCUCCCGGAAGGAUGGAUUGCCCAUAUGGAUCCUAGCUCCGGGCAGUAUUAUUACAUUCAUUUACCGACGCAGUCCACUCAAUGGGAGUUCCCGAAGGGACCUACGCCGCUCAACCUUAAUGAUACACCCAUGUCUCCCGUUGGAAGUGUAUAUAGCGCCCAUCCCUUAGCUUCACCGGGACUUUCAGCUUUCGGCAAGCAGCCUCUUGCAUCUCCUGGCGUGCCGUUGACCCCUGGAUUUGAAAGCUUACAGUCUCCUGUGGUAACUGGGUUUUCUGGGCCUCCGCCGAGUAGUGGAAUGGACCUGUACAAGACCGCACCCACCAACGGCGUCUAUUUUGGACCUUAUCUUCGCUACACCAACAUGGACCUCGAGCGUGGCCUUUGGUUGGGUUCCAUCCUACUUGUGACAGAUGCCGUACAGCCACCAACAAUUCAUAUGCAUCAAAGUAUGGAUCUGUCCCCAAACCCGCGUCAGCUCAAAGCAAACAACAUCGCCGCUCACCAGCGCUGGACAUUCUAUAAAUAUGACAUUGAUUUGCAGAUGGAUGACGCUGGCCCUGCGAAAUGGACAUAUGCUAUCACUUCCCACCUGGGUUGCACUCGCUAUGAGUUCCUUGUCGCUGGUCGACACGAAACGAACUGGCGGUUCAUUGCCACGUCUGGAAACGACUUCUCGCUCAAUGUAAAUGCCAACGAGCGUGCUCGCCUGGGCGGUGCCGGCUACAUGUGGAAAGACAUCAUGCAAAAGCAUAAUGAGAUUGGCGGUUUCCACACCCAAUUAUGUCUUGGUGGUCAGAUUUAUGCCGAUAGGAUGUGGAAGGACAUUCCAUCGCUCAAGCAGUGGCUGACUCUCAGUGGGAAAGAGGCUAGGAAGAAUGCUCCUUGGACUGCAGCUCAUCAACAAGAUGUUUCACAUGCAUACUUCCAUUACUACACGAGCCACUUCGAUCAGCCCUACAUCAGGGAAUCCUUUGCGCAAAUCCCUUACAUUUGCCAGAUUGACGAUCACGAUAUCUUUGACGGUUUUGGCUCUUACCCUGAGCACAUGCAGUUCUCAAACAUGUUCAAGAACAUUGGCCGCAUUGGAAUCGAAAUGUAUCUUCUGUUCCAGCAUCAUACCACACUUGAUCUCCUCCGCAAUGUGAACAAUGACAUGGACCUCUUUACUAUCACCGGAACAGGCUGGCACUUUGUGAAGUACCUUGGACCCGGCGUCGUUGUUGUCGGUCCAGAUUGCCGUUCGGAGCGAAACCCUCAUCAAGUCAUGGCUGGUCCCACGUACCAGGGCCUCUUCCCAAAAAUCGCAAUGCUCCCGCCAAGUGUGCAGCAUUGUCUCUGGAUGGUGGCAGUGCCGCUCAUCUACCCCCGACUAGAAACAGCGGAACAUAUCGCACAAACCGUUGCUACCGGAAAGCGGGCCGUGACUGGUGCCUACAACGUCCUGGGUAAAGUCACAAGCUCUGUGGCUGGCGUAGUAGGUGCCAAGGACUUUGUCGGGUCUGGCUUUGACUCGGUGAAGCGGGCUGUGGGUAAAUCAGGCCUGAUGGGCGGUAUUUUGAGUCCAUUUGGAGAAUUCAAUUCCAUGGACGAGCUGCGAGACCAAUGGACCCACGAAUCCAAGGAUCUUGAGCGCACAUAUCUCAUCCGCACUCUCCAGGGUAUCGCUCAUCAAAAGUCUCUUCGUAUGACUUUCCUCUCCGGAGCCGUCAAUGUGUGCGGCGCGGGUCUCGUCCACGAUCCUUCAAACCCCUCAGACCACAAGACCAUGUACCAGCUCAUCGCAUCCCCUGUCGUCAACACCCCUCCCCCUUCAUACAUCAUUAAGCUCCUGCACAGCCAUAACAAGCCACUUUACAUCCCAGCCAACGGUCAUCGAUCAUCUCCCCAGCCUAGUGACACCAAGGAGGACAUGAUGGAGAUCUUCCAGACCGAUGUCAACGGUCAAGCUCGCGAGCACCGCAAGCUCAUGGGUCGUCGGAACUACGUUGCCAUUGUUGCUUAUGACCCGGAGACUGUGAGCUCGCCCUAUGGACAACUGCAUCCUGGCUCACAGAGUAAGCUGAGUCUGGCCGCGGACUUUAUGGUACAGGGUGAGGGAGCUCUGGGAAAUGUGGUCAAGUUCGGUCCUGUUAUCGUACCGAGCUUGGAGCAUGGAAAGUGA